ACGCGAUCACGAUCAGUAGAGAAACGACUGUCGUUGAGACUGGCCGCGUGAUCCGUUUCACACUUGAAAGUUUGUGCAAAAUUGAAUCGACGAAAUGAGCAGAUUCAGGGUGUCGCUGUUUCCGAAAUUAUUUUCUUACUGGUGGGAAACUCUGGAACGGCCGCAUCAUCGCUUCCUGGACCAGCGGAUUACGAUGAAGCUGCAUCCCGAUCACUUCUUCGCACCAUUGGUAUUUGACGGUUUCGACAACAAGUUCGAGAGACAGAUGGAGAGAUUCUCUCGACCGUGGAGCGAGUUUCUGCGCGAAUGGUCCGUCGUGAAGAACAAUUUCCAGGUGUCUCUGGACGUGCAAGAGUUCAAACCUGAUGAAAUCAAUGUCAAAUUGAAGAACAAUUUCAUCAUUGUCGAAGGAAAGCAUGAAGGAAAGGACGAGCAUGGAACAAUUUCCAGACAUUUCGUGAGGAAAUACAUGGUUCCGGAGCAGUGCGAUCCAGAAAAGGUAACGAGUACCCUUUCUUCGGACGGCGUCCUAACAAUCAACGUGCCGAGAAGAUCGGAAGCUGAUAAGGGAGAAAGGGUCAUUGACAUCGAACAUACCGGGAAGUCAGAAGAUGAAGCAGAAACAAAACAAGCUGCACGGGGAUAAUCAACAAAUAAUCUUAGAAUAUUGUUAGAGCGAGAGUAGUUGUUUAUGCAUAAUAUGCAUAAUUAGGUCGACAUAUUAUCACGUAUAUUUUACAUCAUGUAUCAUGUGAAAAAUCACAUUUUUCAUUGGUCAAAUUUAUAAUGGAUUCAAACUAGUGCGAUCAAAAUAUAAAAAUCAUGUAAGUCUAUAUUUAAGUCAUUCGAUAUAUAUUUCAUAAACUUGUGUGUUAUAUAUAACGCGAGAAACUAAUCUCUUGAUUUCAAUUUAUAGAGCCGAUAUAUAUAGUAAACAUUAUUAUUUAUAGGUUAGCAGAUCGUAGAUAAAGUGUAUAAUAAUGGUCACACGAAAUGAAGAGUAUGUAAUUAGUGUAGAUAAAAAGAUAGAAUAUAAAAAUUAUAAAUUUAAUAAAGCAAACGGUGGUUUCCAA